UCCGGUUGAGGGGAGAAAUCCACUCGUCUUCUGCUGGACACUGGUACACAACACCCACGCAGGAUCACACAACACAUAUUCGAGGACAUGUGAGCGGGGUGAGAAGAUUUCACGGGGGAAUGUAGUCUACUUUGUUCAGGAUUCCGGACAUUUGUUCAAGUCGUGAUAUUUGUUUGGAAACUACAGAACCAGACUCUGUUGGAGACGAUUAAUUCACGGAGAUGAGACACACAGAGGUUGUUCGACAACAUUCAGCUGUGUUAUGGUCCUCAGGUGGGACAAAGUCCGGUAAGCUGCACGGGUCUCACCCUGACACCGACGCGCGUCUCUCGGUCACCUUCUGAAAUUAUGUCUUGCGGCGACGCGCGCGGAGCUCCAGCGUGUGUGUGUGAGUGACUGACCGAAGGUCUUUCCGAGAGAGAAAGGCUGGACAUAAACAGCAGCCAGGAUUUUAGGCAGCGACAGCCAGACCUCCAGAGCAGGCAUCUCUCCUGUCUCCCAGCUCCACACACCCAUGCAGGAUGCCCGGAGAGCGCCGGGGAGUGCUGGUCCAGCUCAGCACGAGUUCAUGAGGCUCUGGGCGGCUUCGUCAUGCGUUUCUUGCCCGAGCCAAGUGCUCAGUCCCUCCGGCUCCUCUUCUUAUUUAUCUUCGUGAUGGGGGUUGCCCCCUCUCCGGCUCUCACUGCCGGCUGUCCCGACAGAUGCGUGUGCGACGACCAGCUGGUGGUCCAAUGCGCGGGGCAGGAUCUCACCCUGUUCCCCAAUGACCUGCCGCUCGCGACCCGGCAGCUCAUCAUCUCGAACAACCGCAUCGGGGACCUACCAGCGCUGCAGCUCAACUACCUUUCCGAUCUUGUCUACCUGGAUUGUAGCAACAACUCGCUGACAGAAAUCGCCGAAUCCACUUUUGGGAACUUGCGAAAACUCGCUUAUCUGGACUUGUCUUUCAACAGCCUGCUGCAGAUCGAGGACCGAACUUUCGGGCCUCUGGCGUCUCUGGUGAUGCUCCGGUUGACGGAUAAUCCGGGUCUGGGAGAAAUCCACCCGGAUGCCUUUUCGGAGAACAUUGCUCUGCAGGUGUUGGAUGUGAGCAGGAACAAUCUGACGACCCUUAACAUUAGUAGCCUGAUCGCCCUGCCUGCUCUGCGGUCACUGGGCCUCAGUGGUAACCCCUGGAGGUGCGACUGUGACACGGAAGACCUCUGCCUUUGGGUGAAGAUAGAGGGAUACAAGUUCCAAGACGAGGGCCAGACAGUUUGCUACAAUCCCCCUGAGCUGGCGGGCCAGCGGUUGGCGGAGGUCGGCAUGCAGCUGCGGGCAGAUUGCCACCAAGGCCUGGGCUACUGGGACUACCUCUUCUUCAUCGCCAUCGGCUUCGUCAUCUUCUCGGCUGGCACGGUGUCAGCGUGGGUGAUGGGUGUGCUAAUGGUGCUGUAUGAGCGCUACAGCAAGCGGAAGAGCGAGGAGUUGGACAGUGAUGAUGAAGAAGAGAGGGGCCCGAUGGGUGGAGGUGGGGGAGGAGGAGGAGGGAACCAAGGGAAUGGGGAUCUGAGCAAACCUGGCAUGCAGGUGUGACAGACUGAAGAGAAGAGAAAAGACAGAGGGGCCAGGAACCAGAAGUGAUGAAAGGAUUCUGACACCAAAUGCCCGGCUAUGAACUGAGAUCUGCCUGUCUCUCUUUGUUAUAGACUUCCAUAUUGCAAUUUGCUCUUUAACAUAUUGGAACGUGAGAGUGUGUGUGUGUGUGUGUGAGACUGGGUGUGUGUCUGUGAGAGAAAGAGAGACAGAGACAGUAAUAAGGAUGACUAUGCCUUCACUUUAGGAUAACAGAAUGACCUCUGAGAUUAUUGAAAGCAAUAACGCUGCACACACAACAAAGAGUCCAUCAAUGCCCCUGAAUACUAUGUAAAGUGCUGUUGAGUAACACCGUGUAAUUGACAGUUAUAACCAGAAAUGAUACAUGAGUGGCACAUUAAAACACACACAUGCAGUACAUCCAUAAAAAAAUACACAAGAAAGUAUCAGGGGUCACAAAGAAAGUGAUGCCUUAUCUCUGCUACAGUGAAAACUGGGAAGCUGGUAAAUUUCAGUAUUAAUUUUUUUUUUUUUUUUUUUUUUUUUUUUUUGAUGCCUUAAGGCAACUCACUUGAAAUAGUCACCAGUUAUUGUUGUCUCUUUUAGACAGGUGCAUUUGGAUUCUAACUGAUUGGACAAAAACAAAAAAGUGUGAAUGUACAUGAUAAACUGAACAAAUUUCAACUAGUUCAGGGACUUAGUGGUCCAAGUGCUUCUUUAGUCUGUGCUCUUCAAGUUAAAAGGCACCUUGUGGAGUUUUACAACUACUUGUUCUGCUUUAAAGCAAACA